GAAAAGAGGUUUUUAUUUCAGUGGCACAUUCGUUCUGUCUGGUUUCCUCGUUGGCUAGUAUAGCAGUACAGAUAUUCUUUAUUGUGUCCCUUUAGUAUAACCAUCCGACGGAAGCAUCUCGGAUUGCCCUUGAUCCGAACGGAUGCUAAACUCGGCUGAGACAUGAUCUGUGAUUUUAGUUCGCUGUGCUAGGAUUGCUUUGCUGAUUGCCAAUUCCAUCUCUUGGCAGCCUGUUGGUUAUCUUUCUAUCUCGUCAUCUUUGUCCGAAAUUAUCCUAAAAGAAAUACUAUUCACUGGAACUGGAAUUACGGCCCGUACUAGUCCAUAGUGGCACUCUUUUUUGGCCAUUAGUUUUCCGUUUUUAUUUUUCUUUUUUUUUGUGUUGAAAUUUCAUUUUUUCCAAAAUUGACGAGGAAAAGCUGGAUUAUUCAAUCGUCUUCGAAGCGAUGGCUGACAGACUAACCCAGCUUCAGGACACCGUGAAUCAGCAAGCGGAGCACUUCUGCAACAGCAUCGGAAUCCUGCAGCAGUGUUCGGUUCCGAGCAAAUUUUCCGGUUUCGAACGUACUGGUUCACAGACUCCCCUGCAAAAUCAGCAGGAAGAUUAUGCCCAGCUUUUCUCAACGUUGAUCUCACGGUGUGCCAAGGACAUCGAUACGCUAAUAGAAUCUCUGCCAAGCGAAGAAAGUUCAAUCGAACAACAAGUACAAGCGUUGAAGCGGCUUGAAAUUGAAAAUCAGGAUUCUGCAGAGAAGCUCGAAGAGGUUGUACGGAAAGGUGAAAUGUUGCUAGAAAAGAUCCAGGCCGCACUCAGCGAUAUUGCACAGUCUCAACUCGAUAUGCAGUAUUCCUCAUCGCCCAAGAAACAAUGAUCCAUAGAAGCGGUGCUGCCAGUAAAGAUGCGUCCCCAAGAAAGAAAAACCAGGUGGGUUAGAGUUUUUCAGUUUCCUUCUAUCAAUGCGUAUAUCGUAAUAAUGAAACUAGUGAUAAUAUAAAUAUACUUAGGAAAUAGCAGCGUAACGAUAAGUUAACUCAAUCGAAAAAAAUUGUCAAUCCAACACGUGUUUAAUUUACGUAGAGAGUAAUGAGAUUAGCACCCCCUUUGCUAUUCUGAGAUGAUACUGAAAAAAGUAACUACCAUAUUUUGCCCAAUACCUACAACCUAUCAUAAUUCGUAUGAUGGCGCAAAUAUGAAAAUCAUGCCUACCUAUUGUAUAUAAAGAAAUAAACAUACGGUUUGCGGCAUUCUCCAUUUUUUGGGUAUUCUGCAUAGAA